ACCUGUUGGUGGAGGACGAAGAUGGCCUGCGGUUCUCGCCGAGCCCUUCCCCUCGCCACAGCCUGUCUUCUGCUGGUUCCGGAGCUUCGCAGGCCAGCAGCUCCAAGGGAGACGUCGGCAAGAAGCAGGACCAGGGCGGCGGCGUAGGCGGCGGCCUGGCCAAGCUGGCCCGUCUCCUGAUGCAGAAGGAGAAGACGCUCGGUUCUGGGGACAGGUCUCCCUCGGCAAGCAGCGCCCUGCUAUCGCCGCCCGCCCCUACGUCGUCCACCUCGUCCGUCUUCGACCCACUCAUCGGCUUCCCGGGAGUACCCUCGACGCCACUCCGCCGGUCCGCGAGCAUCGACAGCCUCCUAGACACCUCGGCGGGUGUAGCCGCGUGUUCGGCCACGUCGGCUUCGGCCAACGGCCUGGACGAAGCCUUUCUUCAAGUCACUCCGGCGUCGGGCCAUUCGCCGAGGUCGUCAGCGGUACUGCCCAACUCCCCCAGCGUCCCCAGUCGCCUCGCCAAAGGCGUACCAGGCCUCCGCCAGAGUGGCGUGGAACUACUCCUGGAUGGCUUCUCUUUGUCCAAGUCCGAAAAAAAGAAGCUCGAAAAACUCAACAAGUUCAACAUUGACCUCCAGGCCUUGUUCGCGGCCGUGGAGCACCACCACAUCGAGAGGGCUCGGUCCAUCCUGGAGUCCAGUGACGUGGACGUGAACAGCGUAAACACGGAUGGCUUCACGGCGCUGGACGUCGCGGUGCUCACUGGAGAAGCUUCGCUGGCGCGGCUUCUCCAGUCGCGGGGUGCCACCGAGAGCCCGCGUUUCUUGUCGCCCGACGCGAGAGCAUCCCAGCUGGGGGCGCUGCUCCGAGAGGCUGUUCGCUGCGUGGACGACCUCACCGCCUGCGUGGCAUCGGCCUCUGCCAACCAGGGCAGCCUCUCGAAUGCACUGCUCAAAGAGAAAGAGCGACAGCUGAGCUUAUGGAAGCGGCGGCUGGAGCUCAUAUCCGAGAUGAAGGCCGGGUUCGAAGAGCUCCGGCCCCCGGACCCUCCAAGUCAGGUGACACUAGAAGUGGUGGGAACACACGCACUCAGGGUCCGCUUCACGGAACCUGCAUCUGCCCUUCAAGCAGCGGUGUUCGUCACAAAGUACAAUGUCGAGUGGUGCGAGCACGAGGACUUCUCGCGCGAUGUGGGCUCCAAGGAGGUGACGGACGUACAGAGCACAGAGGUGACCCUUCCCGACCUGGAGAAGGGGGUGGCCUACUUCGUGAGGGUGGCUGCGGGCAACGCCAAGGGCUUCAGCAGCUACCAGACCUCCUGGCCGCCCUCUGCACGACCCUCCAGCUGGCGAGAGGUGGAAGACCGUUCCCAGCGGUGGACCGGGCGGAUUGAGCGCCUGGAUGCGCUCUUCCAGCAGGUCAUGGAGUCAAGGCCCGCCCAUGCCGCCGAGGUGGUGUCUCUGCAACGGAGCAACACGACGGGGGGCAUCGGGGUACCCGGGCUCGCCAACACCAGCUCCGGAGAGUCCACCGAGACGACCCCCAUGCAGCAAAGGCGGCAGAUGCGCAAGAGCAUUCGGCAGCUGUUUGCGGCGGCGCCCAAGUUCCAGCGCAGCCUGAAGCGUGGCGUGUACCUGGCCUGCCUGUUCUACAACGAGGACCGCAUUCUUGUGACCACCGAGGAGACCCUGCCCAUUCUUGAGGUGGACGACUCCUUCCCUGCCUCCCUUCAGACAGACUUCCACUGGAUGAUGAAGGUGGCAUGCACGUGGGAUGAUGUCCGCACCCUGAGGCAAGACAUGGAGAAGAGCCACAGUUCUUCCAAUGUUCACUUCCGGAGCAAGCUACUGCAAACUGUUGAGCAGAUGCAGUCUGCUCUGGGUGUUCAAGACCUGGGCCAGGUGUACUACAAGCCGCUGCGCGACUAUGAGGGCACCACAGUGCUCUGCGUGGUCAAGUAUGUGAGCGAGCCGAAGACGGUGAGCGCACUCUCGGUCCGCUGGAUACCCCUGGCCAAGAUACAGCGCCGGAUACCAAGCGUCAGCGACGGCGGGGAGCUUCCCUCGGCAUCAGAACUCUUGGUUUCUUCCCUCUCGGAGAUGAUGACGUACAACCAGGCAAGCUGCAAGCCCCUGGCCCGUGGCCUGUACCUGGGCUAUCUGAAGCUCAAGAGCUCCAUGGACCUCAUCAGUGUGCUGGUGCCCUACCGCAACCCGAAUGUGCUGCCCUACUGCAGGAUACGGGACAACCCCCACGUCUCCUGUGAGGAGUGGCGCUGGCUGAGAGGCCUAACCGGCGGAGAUGCCAGCAACACUGGUGCCAACGAAAGGGAACCAGACGAACCCCAACCUGGCAAAGCGGAGCCUGACGAAGCACAGCUGCGCUUUCAGCGUGCAGUCUCGGCGGCAGCUAGAAACCUCUUUGCGCAGCUCGAGGUUCCACCAGAGCUUCAUGAUGCACACCGGUUGUACGACGCCGAAGUCGUGGAGCUGUCUGAAGGGGUCAGCUUCCUGCUUGCGCUCCCACCCGUGGAGGGCGUCUGCUCGGUGCCGGGUCAGCGGGAGGAGCUGACCUCUCGGGCCGACUGCCUGGCGCUUCCGGUUCAGAUCUUCGAGGUCAUCCACAUGGGGACCUACCAGAGGCCCCUGAUGGCACGCUAUGCUCGCGUCUCUUCCAUCCUCGAGACCGACACCGUGCUUGCGCAGCACGCGAACCGAGAGGCAUUCUCCGCGCCAGAGGUGGCCGCAGCGCGGAGCCGCCUCAACCAGCUCCAAGACUUCCAAGUCCAGCUGGACCAGACGUGGCGUGGCAUGCGAUGGAUCAUGGACGCCCUCACCUUUGCCAGGGACCGUGCCCUCAACGCCGGCCUCCCCUUCGCCUCUGUUUGGACUUGCUCCGCAUCCGACGGAGCCUCCUCGUCCCCCAGGUCCACGAGCCCCACCUGCCGACGCUCGUCCCAACCUAGCGCCGCAGCGCGGAGGGUCUCCCGUGUGGACGAUCUCAUCGACGCCAAACUGUUCCUCUCCGUCAGCGGGACCUCAUCGUCCGUGAGUGGCGGAGGACUCGAAAUCAGGCGUUGUGCAUCCGCGUCGCGACUCGUCCUGGAGCGACCUCAAGACUUCGAGGAAGUGGAGGAGGCACGCCAAGGUGGCGGCUCGGUAAGCUUCGAUUGUGGCGAAGAGGACGACGACACCAAUGACGAGAAUGAGGAAGAGAGCACAGCGACAUCUCCGAGCGUGCUUCGCGUCUACGCUGCGUAUGACUCGGGACUUCCGCCUGGCACGAGCAUCAAGAUCCACGUGACUCCGGAGACGACGGCGAGAGAGGUCGUGGAACUCGUGGUGCGGCAGCUAAACACGGCGGUCGUGGCCAAAGGUCGCCAUGGUCCACUUUACGGGGACGAGCGACUCGCGGACUUCUGUCUGGUGGCCGUGGUCGGAGCACGAGAGCGGUGCCUAAGCAGCGACUUCCAGCCCCUGCGGCUCCAGAACCCAUGGACCAAGGGGCGCUUGUUUGUGCGUUUACGGAGUGAUGCUAGUUCUUAGUUAGAGUCUGGACUUCUCUGCGGCAAGAACGAACCCUGGUCCAUUGGACCAUUGAGAGCACUUGUAACUGCAGACAUUAGACUCCAGGGUCGUGAGGAAUGGUACCAGGCACUAUGGUGGAAGAGCCUAUGACUGCUCAAUAUGGCAGAGUAUGUUCAGUGGAGGUCGGCAACCUCCACCGACCUCCCGGACAGUUCAAUGAAGAGUACCAUCCAGGACAGUACUGUCCGGGACUCUUCUAUCCAGGACAGUACCGUACAGGGGUGUACCGUCUUGGAGAGUGAAUUCUGAAGCAGUAUGAUCUGGAAUACGGCAGAAGAGAUAAGUUCUGCUAGUGCACUAGGUCAUUUGAAAGCAUGGUGACCUCACUAGCCAUUGUGGUGCUUCGAAUGAACUCUCGGAAUGUGCAAGCACUUCCUCCGAGGCGAAGCCGCGUUGUCGUGUUGCAACGUCGCCUUGAAAGUACCAUGCUGCUUUGUGGUACAAAACAGGCGUUUAUCCUCUUGUUUGAAAUGGUAUUUCUAAUGCUCCUGGAGAGUAGAAGGGCUAUGGGGCCCCGAGAUGCCCCUUGCUAUGUAAUUUAUUGCAAAGUGUUUACAAUGUACAGCGCUGGGCGCCAUGACACUCUAAUUUAUUUAUGAUUGUGUUUCUUCGUGUUGUGCAAUCACCUGCCGAACAAGGGCUGUCACACAGACAAGCCAAUAGCCAUUGUUAUAUGCCGUCUGGUCUCGAGCGACUCAUUGUGCAUUUUAAAACUGCAGGCUGCAGUGAGAAUGAGUAUGUAUUUGUUCAUCCCUCUGAGCAAGAUGAUUCCAAAACGAUGUCGCCUCCUUCAAAUGUUUACCAAACUGUUUGCUCCUUUCCUUAUCUUGACAGCUAUAAAGAGCGACUCUCAAAAGGGCCGUUGAUAAAGAACCCCACUCAUUCUAAACUUGUAUCGAAGACUUUAGAGCAGGCAUGAAGUUGUAUGACCUCAUGAGGUGCUUGAUUUUGAAAGUUUUAGGCCGUCAAAUUUAUACUGAAUGUGCAUACCAACAUAUGUGGGAGGUGCCUUAGGAGAACCCACAGUUGAAACUAGUAAUUACUCAUGGACCAUGCCAAUCAAGCACCCUCCUUCAAAGUGUGAACUCACAAAGCCACUGUUAUGUUGAUAGGACCACAAAGUAACUGAACGUUCCAUUCAAACACUGCAACAACUAUACUCUAUUUGAAGUAAAAAGGGAAAAUAGGCAUGACGUAAGAGGAUACCAACAAACUUCUCUACAAAGACCAUCUCUAUGGUGCCUAGCUCUUACGAUUUGAAACCUGAAGGAAUAAUAUCAUGUAGUCACAUUAACAAACGCAAACUCGACGUGUCGAGUUUAGCACCAUGCAAGACCAGUUUCAAGGAUGAGAAAAAUAACGUUCCCCCUUUGAAUGAAACUCGAAACACUGCAGAAGGGAGACGAACCACCGAGAUAAUGUGACUGGUACAUUGUAAACGUCUUUCCAUGAAAUUGAAAGGUACACACGAGAAAGAAAAGGUCGUGUUGAUGCUUUUACAAAGGCACAUCGCAUUCAAAGUGGUAGUUGUUGGUUUCCAGUUUUUUGCAUAAUUUCUAGGCACCUGUCUCUUCUCUCAAGGACUAGGAUACCGUGUUAAUAGAAGCCACAGUCCCCCAUGCCGUCUUCUGCAAAUGCCACCCAUCACCAGUGCAGUCUGGUAAAACUCGCUCCUGCCACAAAUUCCAUCUGCUAGAGAUGCUGUCUGUAAGGGGCGACCGCUUCAAGUCUCCAACAUUGUUUGCAAUGCUAAGGUCACAGCUCAAUGGCAGAUGCUGUCAGGUACUAACAUCACGCGACAGAGGCCAGCAACACAGAUGUCAUUUGCUCCAGUCGACGUGGGGGCAUAGUCAAAGUGUUCGUGAUAUUUUGUGUGCACACUAGAAACAGACAAGCUGUUGAGAGACUGUUGUACCCAUGGUUGUACCGCUACUAUUUAUAAAAAAAACAAAGAUGUGUUAGCUUUCCGGAGCAACAAUGUUUGUUUUCAGUGUUUCAGGAAAACAAAAUGCCAGCCCAUGUUUACUUAGUCUGACCUUGCAUGGAGCCGAUGUCGGAACCGUAAACUUCUUUAUUAGAGAGAAGAAAAACAAAAAUUGCCACCCGCUUUUAAGGUUGGGGAUGUACUGCGAGAUAAAUGCAGACGUUGCUUCUUUUUUUUUAGAAAGAACCGGUCCGUUUUUAAGACAUUUCACAGCUAUUUUUUCCUGUAACAUACUCCGCCACUGUUAUGCAUAAAUUUGUGCUGUUGAGUAACUCUACAAAAAAUUCAAACCAAGCCAGAUAUGUACAUAAAUGUUUUGUUCAGUUUUUACAAA